UUGGUUCUAGAUAUCUUCCAACAUGCAUAUUUCAUCCCGGAAAUACGACUCUCAUGUCUCAUGGUCUCAGGUCUGGGCCAACAUCAUUAUUUACCGGAUCUAAAAUUAUCCACGAUGGAAUUGUAUAAUAUGUCCAAUGUUUCGAUGGCUUUUACUGAUCAAAUCAACAACUUCAUCAAUCAUUUCCAAAUUAUUACUAAGUCGUCGUUGAUCGACGACUCGCAAUCUUUCUUUGAGCUCAUUGACCUUUCGCUUCAUUGCCUUUCCUCCGCUUUCCAGCCUUCAUCUCGCCAAUCAACUCUUUCGUCCUGUUUAAUAUAGCACUUCUCUUUGCUACCUGCAACUAUGAGGCGAUUCUUUGGACGUAAGGAAGAGCCAAGGCGCAACUCAGACGAUGAGCACAAAAAGAUGCAAUACUAUUCUCCGCGAGGCAUCAUCCCUGUCAAAGUUGUAGAGCAACAGACGCAAGAAGUUGUCUUUGAUCCGACCAAAGUCUCUCGCAACACGAAGGACUAUCCUCAUGCUUAUGAGGAUGCAAACCUAGAGGGAAAGACCUUCCAGGAGUGGGAGCGCAGACAUGACGAGGAGAAAGUUCGUCUGUACGAGAUGCCAGUCAACACCAGAAUGAACUUGACCAAGAGACCGGCAACGUUCAAGCAGGUACAAAGACGUGAGCUGGAGUUACGUCCGAACGAUAGGAAGGAUGUUGUUCAGAAAGAGCUUAACGAUCCAGGUGUCUUUCGGGGCGUUAUCACUGGCAAUGUUGAGACUGGUCAAGUCUACGGUGUCCAGGGCGUUAUCUAUCACCCAGAACAAAACCCUCGUGGUUUUAGACGAUCUCCCGUCGAGCCAUUGGAUCGUGAGGGGCGUCAGUUCUUACACCGUUUUGAGGACGAUGCUGCUGAUCCCAAUCGUGUGACGACUUGGCCUCCUCGGGAUGAGGAUGCAAGUGACCUUCAGGCAUAUGAGGAACGGUACAAGCAGGUUAGGAAGACUCGUCCGCCUCAGCAGCAGAAGUCUAAGCAAAAGGCACCCAAUGCGAAUUGAGGUCAGGAUGGAUAUUUUGUAUAUAAUUUGAGUGAGUUGUUAUAGGGCGUUGGAUAAUGAAUACGGGUUUGUGUAGAGUUCCAGAUUUGUAGCUUGACUUGACAGCAUGCUUUGGCAAUGUGACGUGAUCUGUCGCUUAUACGAUGUCCACCUUCUGGAAUUCCCCGUUG